GGCUGUCCAGCUCCACACAGCCAUGAGGCCCCGGGCAGGGCACCAGGCACCCUGGACUCUGGGUGCUCAGUACAGGUGCCAAGCAUCCUGCAGUGGUGACGGGCCCUGGGGAGGGGUGUGAGCCUCAGGUGACACCUCUGUGCCCAGGCUUCCCUCCAAGGGAGACGAGGCCCUGAGGCUGCUGUCCAGUGGCUGGAGGGUGCCCCAGCAGCCCAGGGUGGCCAAGCUCCUCCCACACACAACACCCCAGCACUCAGUGCUCCCGGAACCCACUCCCGCUCCAGGGGCCCCGACGCUGGCAGGACAUUAACGAGCUGGACAGCCUCCCAGGUAAACAAGCAUCCCCAAUGACGGCCAGGAGCCGGCCCAGCAACCCGGAAGGAGAGGCUGUGGGCUGGGGACCAGAGGGACCGGGCAGGUAUAAAAGCCAGAGCCCAGAGCUCCCCACACACACCCACACACUCACCCACACACCCUCCUCCAGCACACCCACCAUGGCCGCCUCCACCAUGUCCAUCUGCUCCAGCUCUUGCCCCGAGUCCUCCUGGCAGGUGGACGACUGCCCAGAGAGCUGCUGCGAGCCCCCCUGCUGCGCCCCCAGCUGCUGCCAGCCCAGCUGCUGCGCCCCAGCCCCCCGCCUGUCCCUCCUCUGCACCCCAGUGAGCUGUGUGUCCAGACCCUGCUGCCAAUCAGUCUGCACCGGCUCCUGCACCCCCUCCUGCUGCCAGCAGUCUAACUGCCAGUCUGAUUGCUCCAGCUGCUCCCCCUGCCAGCCAUCUUGCUGUGUGUCCCUCUGCUGCAAGCCCGUGUGCUGCAAGCCCGUGUGCUGUGUGCCCAUCUGCUCUGAGGCUUCCUCCUCCUGCUGCCAGCAGUCUAGCUGUGAGCCCUCUUGCUGCUCCUCUUCCCCCUGCCAGCAGUCCUGCUGUGAGCCCUCUUGCUGCUCAUCCUCCCCCUGCCAGCCGUCCUGCUGUGUGUCCCUCUGCUGCAAGCCCGUGUGCUGUGUGCCCAUCUGCUCUGAGACUUCCUCCUCCUGCUGCCAGCAGUCCUGCUGUGAGCCCUCUUGCUGCUCCUCCUCCCCCUGCCAGCCGUCCUGCGGUGUGUCCCUCUGCUGCAAGCCCGUCUGCUGCAAGCCCGUGUGCUGUGUGCCCAUCUGCUCUGGAGCCUCCUCCUCCUGCUGCCAGCAGUCUAGCUGCCAGUCUGACUGCUGCAGCUCCUCCCCCUGCCAGCCGUCCUGCUGCGUGCCCGUCUGCUGCAAGCCCGUCUGCUGCUACAGACCCUCCUCCUGCGUGUCCCUGCUCUGCCGCCCCGUGUGCAGGCCCGCCUGCUGCAUGCCCGCCUCCUCCUGCUGUGCCUCCUCCUGCCAGCCCAGCUGCUGCCGCCCGGCCUCCUGCGUGUCCCUGCUCUGCCGCCCCACCUGCUCCCGCCCGGCCUGCUGUGGUGUCUCCUUGGGCCAGAGGUCCUGCUGCUGACAGGCUCAACAGCCUGCUUCUGCAAGCCCCUCUUGUUCUCCUAAGCAGGAUUCUUCUCUCAGGAAUCCCUGAUACUGGGAGCCACCACAACCUCCCCUCUCCUGCUUGGUGGCCAUGAGGCUGCUGCCUGAAGGAGUUGCUCCCUCCCUCCCUGGGGAGAGAGCACCCUCAAGUCCCUCUACCCGUAGAUGGCACUCCAGAGCCUCUUGUCAGCAUUGCUCUCUUGCGUCCACGGUGACCAAGGUCAAAGCCUGAAUCAAUAAAGCCUUUCUCUA